AUGCCUCUUAAUAUUUUUGUCACAGCUGAAGAAGAGAAGAAAGAAGUAAAAAUAGAUGAUAUAACUUUAAUGUUUUUUGAUACUUUAAUGGCUUCUUUAAAUGCAGCUUUUCCAAAUAUAAAAACUUUUUAUGAUUUUUUUGAAUAUUGUGAUGAAGAUGGUGAUAAAGUUUCUGUUCGUUCAGAUGAUGAAUUACAAACAUUUUUAGUUGAAGUUAUUCGUAAUUUUGAAGAAAACAAUAAAAAAUUGGAAAUUAAAUUAAAAUCAAAUAAUUUAAUAAUUUCUCAACAAUUAAGUAUUGAGGAAGAGGAUGAUGGAGUUUUGGAUAGUUAUUUAAAUAAUAAUCAAGAAUGUUGUUCAUUGACAUUACCUGAAAUUGUUAUGGAAGGGAAUAAUGGAGUGAAAAAUAAAAAAAUAUUAUUUGAUAAACAAAUUAGAAAUUCAAGUCCAAAUACAAACAUAAUUUUUGGACCAGAAGAUUUGCAAUUAAUUGAAUGCUUGUCUGAAGGGCAAUUUGGGACAGUUUACAAAGCACUUGAUGUAAAAAACGAUCGUUUAUUAGCAAUUAAAUGUUUAGCUUUAGACGGGGGUAAUGGAACAAGGCAGGGACUAUUAAAUGAAAUUGCUAUUUUAAAAAAAAGUGCCCAUCCAAAUAUCGUUACAUUUCACGCCGCUUUAUUUGUCGAGAAUAAUCUUUUAAUUUGCAUGGAAUUAAUGGAUGCCCUUUCUUUAGAUUUAUAUGGACAAUUACACCCUCUAGUACUUGGUGCUUGUACAGUAGCUAUUGUGGAAGGACUUAAACACCUUUGGGAUAAUUCUAUUAUACAUAGAGAUAUAAAGCCAAGCAAUUUUCUUGUAAAUUCUUUUGGGGAAGUUAAAUUAGCAGAUUUUGGUGUUUCUAAACAAAUGGCACAAUCAAUUGCUUGGUCCUAUGUAGGCACUAAGGUUUAUAUGGCACCGGAGAGAAUAAAUGGGAAUGUUUACAACGUGGCUAGUGAUAUUUGGAGUUUGGGCAUUUCGUUGGCAGAAAUGGCAUUGGGACAAUCUCCAUUCAAAAAUGAUUUAAACAUGGAUAUAAAGUCAACAGAAUCUUUAAUUAUUAAACCUGAACAUAUUUUUGCUUUACUUUCUGAGAAAGAAUUAAUAGCAAUUGGAAAUGGAUUUACGGAGGAAUUAAUUUAUGGAUGUUAAACCCAAAUCAAAGAUUUAAUGGAAAUGCAAUUAUUUCAACUAAAUUUUUAUUAGCACAUCAACCAAUGAAUAAAAAUAUUGUUGCAAAUUUUAUUAACGAAAGGCGUAAAAAUGGUUUACUUCAAAAACAAAAUACA